AUCAUAACGGUCGAAUAACAUCAUGUGGUUUACAUACUCUGGUAGCGAGCACUUUGCUUAUCUACAUGGUAGUGUUUGGAAUUAUACGAUGGGCAUAUUUGCGAAAUAAACCGAAACGCGACAACUCCUACUUUGUUCAUGAUGAAGAUGAAGAUAUUGAUCACACGCGUCCGGAAUAUAUUGGAUAUCCGGAUUCUUUCAAAAGUAUAGUAAAUACUAUACAUGUUUUAGUGGGUGUAUUAGCAAUUUUAAACGCAUUGCAUAUUAUGUUUAUAUUUGCUGAAAAAGAACUUGUCGAGACAAGUAUACCGUCUUAUCUUAUCACUUCAGCACUCUUAAGAUUAGUUGCAUGGAUAUCAAAUUAUAGUUUUGUAGCGUGCGAAAGAAAUGAAGGUCAAAGAUGGAGUUAUUUUACUCAAGGAUAUUGGUAUUUGGCCUUUGUUCUAUCAAACUUUGAGCUUUAUAAUCGCUUAAUGUAUAUUACAAAUCCGCAUGAUGAUGAUGAUCAAAUUGAUUGGGCCCAGAGCUGGAUCUUAAUGUCAAUUUACCUUAUUCAAUAUGCGAUUCAUUUAAUAUUGGUUCUGUUUGCUAUUACAUUAACUUUCCUUUGGAGACGUUCUAAUGAAGCUAAUGGAUAUAGUGAUUUAAACUAUCAUAGUAAUCAUUAUAUGCCCGUAGAUGAUGAUACAACAACAAUAAAUGAAGAUAUUGAUACCCCAUCUGCAGAUGCAGAUGUUGAAAGUCCGCUUCUAACAUCAAAGUUUCUAAAUCCUAUUUCAAUGGCAGAUGAUCCUAAAUAUGCUCCACCAAAAAAAAUUGGCGAAUUUUUAUCAAAAUCGAAAAAAUUAUUACCAUUUGUGUGGCCAUCACAUGAUAUGAAAUUACAAAUCCUGAUCCUUAUUUGUAUAUUACUCUUGGUCGCCGGUCGAAUUGUAAAUGUGUUAUUGCCUUACCAGAAUAAAGUAUUAGUCGAGGGUUUGAAAAGUGGAGAAUUUGUUUGGAAAGAAAUAUUAUUUUUUGUUGGGCUUAGGUUCUUACAAGGAAAUGUAGGUCUAAUAAGCACGUUACAAAACUUCUUGUGGAUUCCUGUUGGUCAGUUCACAACGCGUGAAAUCUCUGUCAAAAUGUUUGAACACUUGUUAAACCUUUCUUUGAGAUUUCACCUGAACCGUAAAACUGGAGAAAUAUUAAGGGUUCAAGACCGUGGUGUUUCCUCAAUUGUAUCAAUCCUUUCAUCGGUUCUUUUUGAUGUCAUCCCUACGCUUGUUGACAUAGCAAUUGCCGUGGUUUACUUUACAUAUGCUUUUGACAUUUUCUUUGGAAUGAUCGUGUUUAUGACUAUGUCUUUAUAUUUAGUAUCUACUAUUAUCAUGACAGAGUGGAGAACUAAAUAUAGAAGACUAACAAAUCUGUUGGACAAUGCUAUGGAAGGGAAGGCAGUCGAUUCAUUAUUAAAUUAUGAAACUGUCAAGUUAUAUGCCGCAGAACCAUUUGAAGUUAAACAAUAUUCGGAUGCGAUUCGAUCUUAUCAACUCGCUGACCAAAAGUCCAAUGUAACUUUGUAUAUACUUAAUACGACUCAAAACGUUGUAAUUCAGUUGGGACUCUUGGCUGGUUGCCUCUUAUGCGCUUCACGAGUGAGAAGGGGUGAAAUGAGCGUAGGAGAUUUUAUCAUGUAUUUGACCUAUAUUAUACAAUUAUAUGGGCCACUUAAUUGGUUUGGAAAUUAUUAUCGAGUAAUUCAGAAAAAUUUUGUAGAUAUGGAGAAGAUGCUUGAUUUACUCCAAGAACUUCCAGAAGUUAAAGAUUUGCCUCAUGCAGAAUCUUUAAAUGUUCAGAAAGGAGAAGUUGUCUUUGACAAUGUAUCUUUCCAUUAUGAUCCGAGAGUUCCAACUCUUACAAACAUUUCUUUUGCUAUUCCAAGUGGUUCUACCGUAGCUUUAGUUGGCCCAUCUGGUGGCGGGAAAUCGACAAUACUUCGUCUCUUAUUUAGGUUUUACGAUGUGCAAAGUGGUCGUAUUCUUGUUGACGGACAAGAUAUCAGACACGUUCGACAAAGGGAUUUAAGAAGUUGUAUUGGAAUCGUACCUCAAGAUACAGUAUUAUUCAAUGAUACAAUAAGAUAUAAUAUUCGUUAUGGUAAAAUGGGUGCGACUGAUAAGCAAGUGGAAGAAGCUGCAGAGGCAGCUCAAAUUCAUGAUAAAAUUUUAGGUUUCCCUGAAGGCUAUGAUACCAAAGUUGGUGAAAGGGGAUUGAGACUAAGUGGUGGAGAGAAGCAAAGAGUCGCAAUUGCAAGAACAUUGCUAAAGAACCCACAAAUAGUGUUACUUGAUGAAGCGACGUCUGCUCUUGAUACUCAUACCGAGAGGCAUAUACAAAAAUCAUUACGUCGGAUGACUGUUAAUCGAACAACAUUGAUAAUUGCUCAUCGCCUUUCAACAAUUGUACACGCUGACCAAAUCCUCGUACUACAGGGUGGCGAAAUCGUUGAAAGAGGAUCUCACUUGGAGUUAAUGCAUAAAGAAGGAGUGUAUCAUAAACUAUGGAAUAAACAAUUAAAACAUCACGAAAAGAUGAAAAGGGAGGCAGAGAAUAAACAACGCCUUGCUGCAUCCGCUUCGACAGCCGCAGCAAGUGUAGCAACUUCCGCUGGAGUUAGUAACAUUGUUAACAAGUUUAAGAGGGUAGAGGAAGAAGGUGAAGAGUCUAGUUCAAACAUGAGUAUAACAGAACAACAUAAUAAUGUGAUAACAAGCCCUAAUACUACACUUCGACGAGGUUUAGCAAGUUUUGCUGAUGAAGGUGCAGACGGGGAUGAUGAAAGACAAACUACCACGGCUCAUGAAAGUAGUGAUGACGAAGGCGAGGAAGUCGAAGAAGUUGAUGAAGAUCAAUAA